AGUGUUGAUCAUGUUGGGCUCUGGGUUCAAGGCUGAGCGCCUGCGGGUCAACCUGCGCCUCGUCAUCAAUCGCCUCAAACUGCUGGAGAAAAAGAAGACUGAGUUGGCCCAGAAGGCGAGGAAGGAGAUUGCAGAUUAUCUGGCAGCUGGGAAAGAUGAGCGUGCCAGGAUUCGCGUGGAGCACAUCAUCCGUGAAGACUACCUUGUGGAGGCCAUGGAGAUCCUGGAGCUGUACUGUGACCUGCUGCUCGCCCGCUUUGGCUUGAUCCAGUCCAUGAAGGAGCUGGACUCUGGCCUGGCAGAAGCAGUGUCUACACUGAUUUGGGCUGCACCACGGCUCCAGUCAGAAGUGGCUGAGUUGAAGAUUGUUGCUGACCAGCUGUGUGCCAAGUACAGCAAGGAGUACGGGAAGCUGUGCCGGACAAACCAGAUCGGGACAGUCAAUGACAGGCUGAUGCACAAGCUGAGUGUCGAGGCACCACCCAAGAUCCUGGUGGAGCGAUACCUCAUUGAGAUUGCUAAGAACUACAAUGUGCCUUACGAGCCCGACUCGGUGGUGAUGGCUGAAGCUCCUGCAGGCGAAGAGGCAGUUCUGAUUGAUGUGGGAUUCACAGACGAUGUGAAGAAGGGUGGCCCUGGAGGAGGAGGUGGAUUCACAGCCCCAAUGGUUCCCCAUGAUGGACUAGUACCCAUGCCAGUGAUGAUGCCUAUGCCCAUGCCAACACCAAAUCCACCCUUCUCCUACCCACCUCCCAAGGGACCGGACAACUUCAAUGGCCUACCAGUGGGGACCUACCAGCCUUUCCCCGACAUCCAUCCACCACCAGUUCCAGCCAACCCACCAACAUAUGAGUCUAUCGAGGAGCCCAGCGCUGACAAGGACGGCUCUGCGCCAGCGCCUGGGCCCAAGCCCAAAUCUGAAGCUUCUCCUAAACCAGGAGCUGGAGUUCCUGAUGCCUCGGAUAACUUUGUGCUGCCCGAGUUACCAUCCGUGCCAGACACGCUGCCAACAGCCUCUGCUGGCGCCAACUCCUCUGCCUCUGAAGACAUCGACUUUGAUGAUCUUUCUCGGAGAUUUGAGGAACUAAAGAAGAAAACAUAAAGCUGCCUGGGCUGUAGCUCUGGUGUGAGGGGCAGGAGCUGUGGCAGCUGCUUCUCUCUGGAACAGACUCUCCUUCAAACUGGUUUCCUCUAUUAACCUCAAAUGAACAGGCUCUCCU